UCUAUGACAGAAAAAAGGUAGAGUAGCAAAAUAUGUAGAGCAUUGCUUGAAUUUAUAGGUAAUGUUACAUGUAUAACAUUAAGGCCCAGUUUCACAGACAGGGCUUAUAUUAAAUUAGUUCAAUUAGGACAUUUAAGUAGCUUUUAUAAACAGGCCUUAGAAAAAAAAAACAAAAAAACAAAACAAAAAAACAUUACUGUUGUGCAUCUUGAGACAAAACAAUGGCACUGGCAUAUUUUAAGAUAUGUUACUGCAAGUUGCUUUCGUUUAAGCCUCAUCUGUGAAACCAGGGGUAUAUCAGCAUGGCAUUACACAAUGGCAUUAUUCUACAAAUGGUUUGAAGAGACAUGUAUUCACAGUGCUUCUUUAUAGAUUAGCUACACACCUGAAAUUGCUGCAGAUUAGGUGCAUUAAAUUGUUACCAAUUAGGUAAUUACAUAUAAUUGUAGCCAGCCUGUUUGUGAAAUAUUAUUAUUAUCAAUAUCUAUAUCAGUAUCAUAUACACACACAUAUCAGUGAACAGGCUUUGAUCUCUAUCUACAACUCUGUGAGUUUAGGAAUGAAAAAAGUGUUAAUUUCAGUCAUAAAGUGAGAAUGUUCGCGCAUAAAUGAUUUUUUGUUGUUGUUGUUGUUGUUGUUAAUUUUAACAACAACAUAAACAUGCGUUUAUUUUGAUUGGCUUAUCAGCGGAACCAAGUCACAUUAUGGAUCUGUCCGUGGUGCUGAACUUGCUUUUUGUUUGAUGACGCCCAACAGUCUUAAUUUAAGAAAAAAUAUAGAGUACCUUAUAUAUAAAUACAUUUAUUUGUUAAUUUUAAAAUUUGCAGACAACCUGUACAUUAUAUAUGCUAGCUUUAAUAAAGACUUCCAGAAAGUUAAAGUCAAAAGUAAUUUCAGAAAUAAUAAUCUUUCAUAAAUAUUUUUUUUUUCCAUAAAAUAAAUUGUUCUAUGUAAACGUUUAUCUUCACACGAUGUCGCUGCACUACUGCUAUUCACUUUAAGGUGGAAUGGGAUGCAAGCACAGCUAUGCUUUGCUUUCAUAAUGCUGCUGGACAGAGGCUGUCAGAGCAGCACUGAAGCUCAGCUGAAUCUGAUCAGCGGGCGGGAUCCACGGCACGGCGCUAUGGCGAUGCUCUGCUGGAUGCUUUUACGAAUGCAAAUACCCGCUAACCUCCAUUCGUUUUCGAAAACAUUGCUAUAUUUCUUGUGAAAGACAGCGAAAGCAUAGACGUGCGCUCUGCAAUGGAUCCAAGGAGGAGAUGGCGUCUCGGUUUCGCCGUCCUCUCCGCGCUGUGGAGUCUCGCCUCGGCUGUAACAAGAUACUCCAUCCCCGAGGAAAUUCCAGUGGGCUCCGUGAUCGCAAAUAUCGCCACGGAUUUGGGCCUUGACACGCACAGCCUGUUGGAACGAAAGGUAAAGCUGGAUUAUAUUCAUAGCAAGAAAUAUCUAGAGAUAAAUAAAGACACCGGAGAACUGUUUAUCGCUGAGAAAAUUGACAGGGAGUAUUUAUGCCCGGCCAAAACAUCAUCGUUCUGUUUCCUCAAGAUGGAUGUGAUAAUCGAGAGUCCAAUACGCAUAUUUAAUAUCGAAUUGGAAAUUAUGGACAUAAAUGACAACGCGCCUCAGUUCAGAAGGGAGAGAAUACCGCUCGAUGUUUCGGAAUCAGCAACACCUGGAGAAAGGUUUUCUUUAACAAACGCGGUGGAUGCAGAUGUUGGAGAGAACUCGAUCGAGACCUAUUACCUGAGUGAAAGUAACGAGUUUACCAUUGAAAUCCAGUCUGGAAGUGACGGGACUAAAUAUGUAGACCUGGUGCUAAAAGCUAGUUUGGACAGGGAAAAACAAGCUGUCCACACACUAACCCUCACCGCUGUGGACGGCGGCAUACCUGCGCGGUCAGGUACGGCCAGCAUUAUCAUUCAAGUGCUGGAUAUCAAUGACAACGCCCCUCAGUUUGAUCGACAAGUCUACUCUGUUGACCUCAUUGAAAAUGCACCAAUCGGGACACUGAUUAUGCAGCUAAAUGCAACAGAUUUGGAUGAGGGUGCCAAUGCGGAUGUCAUAUACUCUUUCACUUUAUACACGUCUGAGAAAACACAAGAAAAGUUCUCUUUGGAUCCCACCAAUGGAGAAAUAAGAGUAAAAGACGUGAUUGAUUUUGAAGAAGUAAAGAGUUUUGAGAUGUAUGUUGAAGCCAAGGACAAGGCAGUGAAUCCGCUUUCAGGUCAGUGUAAAAUUUUAGUGUUCAUCACCGAUCUAAACGACAACCAUCCUGAGAUUACGAUAAAGUCUUCACAGAGUUUUAUUAAAGAAAAUGACCCUGUAGGAACGGUGAUCGCCGUCAUCAGCGUGAGCGACAGGGACUCUGGAGAUAAUGGCAAAGUUGUUCUCUCCAUCCACAAUGCUGAGAUAUUGCCUUUUGCUCUUAAUAAGUCAUCAGAAGACUUUUUUGCAUUAACAGUUACUGAAUCACUUGACCGUGAGCGCAUCCACAGUUAUGACAUCACACUUCUCGUGACUGACAGAGGAACACCUCCUCUGACCGAUAAUGAAACGAUCAGUGUUACAAUUCAAGACGUCAAUGAUAACGCCCCAGCGUUCCCUCAAACCCUCUAUACCAUUCAUCUGAUGGAAAACAACGAGCCUGGAGCACUGCUAGCCUCACUAACUGCUCAUGACCCAGACCUGCAUGAAAAUCAGUAUCUUGUUUACUUCAUCAUAGAGAAGGAGAUAGCCAACACCUCAAUGUCCAUGCUGUUUUCCAUCAAUCCAGAAAAUGGCAACCUCUACGCUUUACGCACAUUUGACUACGAAAGAGAGAAGGAGUUUCUGUUUCAUAUUGAAGCGAGAGAUUCUGGGCUCCCUCCUCUUAGCAAUAAUGUGACCGUACACAUCAUCAUCCUGGACCAAAAUGACAACACACCCCUUAUAGUUUCUCCAUGGCGUCCACAGGGCGCUGUUAUAGAAGAAAAAAUUCCGAGGUCAAGCGAUAAAGGAUCCCUGGUCACCAAGGUCAUUGCGUUGGAUGCCGACUCCAUGCAGAACUCUCGUAUAACAUAUCAGUUUCUCCAGAUCACCGACACCCCACUAUUCAGCCUCGAUCAGUACAACGGCGAGAUACGAACCACGCGGAUGUUCAGUUACAGAGACCCCAAAGAUCAACACCUGAUCAUCAUAGCCAGAGACAAUGGAGAACCUCCUCGCUCCGCCACGGUGACCAUCAAGAUCUCCACAGUGGACCAAGUAGUCACGCAGUUUACCGAAACCACAGAGGUGCCUGUCGAAUAUGACCUGAUCACCGAUCUAAACCUGUACUUGUUGAUCGGUUUGGGGUCGGUGUUGUUUCUGCUGCUCAUUACCAUCCUGGUGAUCAUAGUGCUGAAAUGUCAGGAACCAAAACCCUCACAAGCAGCUCCUCAGGGAAGGAACAGCAUCAUCAGCCAGAGGAACUCCUCCACUAUUGCUGACUCUACUCUCAUCUCAAGUGAUGCCUACUGGUACAGUCUGUUUCUGGCAGAGACUAGAAAAGGGAAGGUGGUGGUGCGGCAGCCUCUUCCUAACGGAGCAGGGUUUAUUGUGUCAAGUAUCCCGGGAAGUGCUGCGCUGACUGAGACCAGCGCAUCAAGGUCUUCCACUUUACAGGAGUCAAGCAGUGAUUUACCAUGAUCUGGACAUGUUGACUGAUGGUUUACAACCUUCCACACCAGGCUCGCUGUCCAUGAGGGACAGAUUGAUCUUCUGCUUUACCGUUUUUCAGGGUUUCAUUUAUUAAUGUAUUCAAUGAACUCUGUUCAAUUAUUUUUUUACCAUCACUUCUUCUCCUACUUCCUCUUCUUCAACAUUGCCUUUUGGGCUAAUUGAAGAAUUAACUUUCAAUUGACUGUUUUGAUAUUGAGACCAACAUUGUGUCAGAGAAAGACAUUCAGCGCUGCUGGAUCUCAUAUUUUUGGCAAUUUAAGGCAGGGUCUAACAACUAUAUGUCAGCCAUUUGUAACCACAUUGAGCAUGACUUUGCAUGGCUAUGACAAACAAAAUGGACUUUUUGUAUCUAAAAGAUUUCUAUAUAGACUCUACGACAGAAGAGAGAGAAGUGAUACUACAAGAAGAACCUACCUGGACGUUCAGCCUUUUGUGGUUCCAGUAAGAUAUGAACUACAAGGACAGCUGGUUCUGCUAUUAAUGAUGCUCUAUUUUUACAGUUUGAACAUGCUGAUGAGAAAGCUGUGAUCAAAUGAGCAAAAUCUAAUGAGCCAGGCAUUGUCUAUACCUCAAAACACUUGGUUUGACAUCAAUGUGGUGCACAUAUAUACAUAGAUUCAUGUUUGUUUUUCUCCUGUCCUGUAAACGGCCUAAAAUUGACAUUCUCUGGCAAGAGCAUUUUGAAAACUAAAGAACGCUAUGUUAAAUCAUAGACAAAAGCGUAAUAACAAAGAGUAAUAAUUACAUCAGUAUGGCAAUUGCCAUAGUGAUGUGCUAAAAUUUUACUGAAAACCAAGGAGACAAAAAAGUGCAAAUCCAACAAAAAGGUUAAAAAUGUAUUAAUCUAGCUUUUUGCAGAUAUAUGUAGCCAAUGCCAGAAUAUUAUUCUGCCACAAAUAUUAAUAAUUUACAAUAAUAUAAACUUUUUCUUUUGUACAAGUAUCAACAUUAUUAAAUUGCUGUUGAGUGUCAUUUUUGGCCCUGUUUACUGAUUUUUUUGAGGUUUAUAUUGUUUUGUAUUAUGAAAAUGAGAUAAAAAUGCUUGUUAAUGUAUUUAAUGCUGCUUCUUUUAUGAUGACAGUGCAAUGUUUUAAGAAAUUACUAUUUGUGGUGAGAUAUUUGGCAGUUUCAUUAUAUCAUUAUUAUGUAGAUCUAAUUAUAUCAUUACAGAAAUCCAAGCUAUAUUCCUUUCCGAUUUGUUGCAGCAAACAGAGAGGAAGUGGGAAGGAAAGGAGUGAGGGAAAAAAAUGUGGUGUAGGAGGGACAAAGAGAAAGAGAAAGGGGGAAAACAGCAAUAUAGGUCACUUGAAACAUGUGAUCUGUGUUUAGAUUGACACAUGCUGUGACCAAGAGACAGAAUGACACUCAAAGUUACCUUUAUAGUAUUGACAGCCAUGUAAUUCAUUUUAACUUACUUUCCAUAAAGGUGACAGCUCAAGUUGGAGUUCCUGGCAGCAGAUUUGAGAAUUUAGAGCAAAAUGACACAAGUAAAACAACUGCUGUGUGCCUUAGGGCAGAGAAAAGUGUGCCUGAAAUUUGAAACAACAAAAAAUAGUAUGAAGUUCAGUAUCUUGAUACUCUCAACAUACAUCACAAUCUUAUCGACAUGCCUUGGGUUACUCGCUUCUGUAUCUGUAUUUACAUUCUGUUGCCUUACUUGCAAAAUGUCCAUAUGCAAACAAAGUAAACAAUGCCUUUGUGUCCUUGCUGGACUUUAUGAUUUGCCCUUUGCUUGUAAAUACAGCAACCUGAAUAAAAUCUUUUACAGUAUA